AUGGCGCAGUCUCCGAUGCUCUCGUGCCCGCUGAAGCAGACCAACGAGAUUGAUUGGAUCCAGCCCCUAAAGGAUUACAUUCGCCAGAGCUAUGGCGAGGAUCCCGAGCAAUACAAUCAAGAAUGCGCGACCCUCAACCGGCUUCGCCAGGACAUGAGGGGAGUAGGGAAAGACAGCGCUAUUGGUCGUGAUCUAUUAUAUCGUUACUACGGUCAGCUGGAGCUGUUGGACCUCAGGUUUCCUGUCGAUGACAACAACGUCAAGAUCUCGUUCACAUGGUACAAUGCUUUUACCCAUACGUCUACCACUCAAUACUCCCUGGCAUACGAAAAGGCAUCUAUUAUCUUUAACAUCGCCGCCAUCCUAUCUUGCCAUGCUGCCAACCAAAGCCGGGCCGACGAUACCGGUCUCAAGACCGCCUAUCACUCUUUCCAGGCAUCCGCCGGGAUGUUUACAUAUAUUAAUGAGAACUUCGUACAUCCGCCAUCCACCGACCUGAAAGUGGACACCGUCCAGACACUAAUACAUGUCACGCUAGCUCAAGCCCAAGAGGUGUUUUUUGAGAAACAAGUGGCAGAUCAAAGGAAGUCUGGCCUCUUAGCCAAGCUGGCUGGACAGGCAGCGUACCUCUACUCACAGGGUGUCGAAAAAAUGCAAAAUUCGGUCGAGAAGAAUGUGUUUGACAAGGUCUGGACGAUUUUUGUGCAGGCCAAGGCAUCACACAUGGGGUCCAUAGCAUCAUAUUACCAGGCGAUUGCAGACAGCGAGAGCGGAUCUCAUGGAGUUGCUAUUGCUCGUUUACAGAUGGCUGAUAGGCAGUCCACCACUGCUCUAAGCUGGGCAAAGACAUUCCCCUCAUCGCCUCCAGCGAACACCAACUUGACGGCAGAAUCGUGGUCCUCACUCGUGGACCUUAUCAAGCAUAAUCAAACAAAUGUGCAAGCUUUACUUACCACCAUGGUCAAAGACAAUGACUUUAUCUACCACCAACCAGUGCCCAAUGAGGCCGGUCUUUCACCAGUUGCUAGGGUUACUGCUGCCAAGGCGAUUCCGGUCAGCGAAUUGUACCAGGGACAAGAUAUUCAACGAAUCACCGGGCCAGACAUCUUUCAAAAACUGAGGUCUAAAUGGGUCACUGAGAACUCCAGUCGUUACGAAGAAGAAAAGGCCAAGUUGCGUCGAGCUGAGAAUAAAAAUGCCGAGGCUGCCAGUCGUGAGAUGGACAUUGGCUUGCUCAAACUUGAACUACCAGGUGCCCUCAAUAUCUUGAAGGGAGGCAUGAACCAGGAAAUUUCAGCGGAUGAGGAGUUCUGUCGCUGGUGUUCAGAACUUGCUGGCCACAAUUCCUUCCACAGGGCAUUCGAUGAGUUGCAGGAUCGCAAGGCAGAAGUGCUAUCUCAAUUAGACCAGUGCUCAAAGCAGCUAGAUCUGGAAGAGAGCGUGUGUGAGAAGAUGCGUUCAAAGUAUGGAGCAGAUUGGAGCCAGCAACCCAGCUCUCGACUCAAUACCAUGCUUCGAGGGGAUGUUCGAUCGUACCGAGAUACUAUCAAUGAGGCCAGUGCGAGUGAUUCCCAGUUGUCUUCCACAUUUCGGCAGUAUGAGAGUGAUUUUGAUGAGAUGCGGUCUGCUGGUGAAACAGAUGAGGCCGAUGUGCUUUUCCAGCGAGCCCUGAUCAAAGCCCGUUCAAAGCAUAGCAAGAACAAGGAUGAUGUUACCAGUCCGGCGCAAGGUACCCUGCUAGAUGAUGUAUAUGAUGAGGGCGGCGCCUCUGUUGCAGAGCAGAUUGCCAGCGUGGAGGAGCUCUUAAACAAAUUGGACCUAGUGGAGCAAGAGAAGUCCAAACUGCUCACAGAUCUCAAAAAUAAGACCCUUGCAGAUGACAUCACGGAUCUCUUGACUCUGAACAAAAAGACGAUUUUCGGUCAAGAAACCGAAUUCUUUCAGACACAGUUACAAAAGUUCCAUCCGCAUCAGAAAAUACUUGUGAAGGCGAAUCAUGAACAAUCACGUUUGAUGAAAGAACUCAACAGGACAUACGGUAAGCUUCUCGAGGACAAAAGAGUUCAAUCCGAGCAGUCGAGGUACAAGUCUAUAGAGAGACAACGCAAUUCCGUGAAAGCUCGAUACAAGAAAGUCUACGAAGCAUUCCAUGGCCUCUCGUCGGGUAUCAAGCAAGCACGAACUUUCUAUAAGGACAUAGGUGAAAAUGUCGACAGUCUCCGCAAAAAUGUCGAAACCUUGAUCAACAACCGCCGAUCCGAAGGUGCACAGCUUCUCAGCCAGAUCGAGCGGGACAAGGGCAUGGGUGAAAAUGCCGACAUUGUCCGCAGAAAUGCCGAAGCCUUCGCCAACAACCGCGACAAGUCUAGCGGUGUCCCAGAGCAAGAAGAUCGCGAGCGAGAGAAGCUGCGCCAGCUCAUGGAGCGCCUAUCAACGGAACCUAAGAAUUCGUCGACUUUACCCUCCACGGGGUUAGCAAAACCACCUUCAAAAAUCAAGUCACCACCCCCGCCCGUUCAGACGCCCGCGUAUGGAACCACCGGUCCGUCUCCAAAGCCAUCGCCCCGUUACCCGCCCACCAUGCCAGGCGUGCCCCUCUCGCACUCUCCGGCGCCCUAUGGGCAGUACAUGGGAGGUGGUCCAGGGGCUUACCAAGCCCAGCAUUUCCAGCAAGGCGCCGCGGCUCCUUUAUCCGAGGGCUACAACCCCAUGGCAUAUCCUUACCAGACCCCCGUGUCCCCCCCCCCGAACCAGCAAUUCUUCUCUCAAACCCCGACCCCAUACGGCGGCUACUCGAAUUCCGGCACGCCGGCCCCUGGCGCUGGUCCUCAGCCAUCGCACUAUAUGGCUCCCCAGGGCUACAUCCCCCCUCCACCUCCGCCGCGCCCCCAGCAGACAGCCUACCCUCCUACGACAGGUGGUACAUAUCCCUCUGGUCCUGGUGGCUAUGCGCAGAGUAGACAGUACGGGCACCACAAGACCCCCUCGCAAUCGCAAUCACAGCCACAGUCCAGUUCCUCCGCCGAUCCAUGGGCUGGUCUCAACGCCUGGAAAUAA